AUGUACUUGGUUGUAAACUUGACCGUGGCUGAUAUGUUUGUUGGAGGAAGUGCUACUUUCUUUGUAGUAUUUCAUUUCCUCCUCUACCGUUGCGAAGUUGGAAAUUUAUUUUUCAUCUUUAUUGUUGAGCGGGAAUAAAAAUAGCCACCUGUUUUGCUUGUGCUUGCCAUGACCGAGGUGUGGCUUUCUCUUACCUCUUUAACAGGCAUUGCAGUAAUUUCUUUAGAUCGGAUGCAUGCGACGUUCCGCCCAUUCAGACACCGCAACAUCAAAAAAUGGGUCUACGGGGUAGCAAUUGCUGGCGUCUGGAUUUUAACUGCGAUGAUAGUAAUUCCCCUUCCGUUGAUACGUCUCUAUUUGAACGUGCAACAACAGUGGCAAUUGUUAUAUUUUGUGUACUUAUUGCGGUCAUAUUGUUGCCUUUGCCUUGUUGUUAUCUGUGUUUCCUACACCUCCAUUGCUUUAAAAUUUUGGUGUGGAACCCGUCCUCCGUCCGAUGGUGCUGCCAAUAGACAAAGAAAACUGACUGUCACAUUAUUCAUAAUGACCAUUGUAUCUUUGCUGCUGUGGUUACCAUAUGUUGUAUAUACUUUUGUUUCUUUUUUUGUUCUAGAUAGGUUUUCUAUCCGGACAUAUUUACGCUUCUAUACCACACAAACUCGCUUGUUAAUCCCAUUAUUUACACAAUCAGAAUGCCAGAGUUCAGAAGAGCUCUCCUGA